AUGGACGCAGAAGACGAGGCAGAGCGUGAAGAGCGCCUCCGCAAUCUCUAUGCGACACUCGCCAACGAGCUCGGCUAUAAAGGAGACAACCAGAUUCGCCGGUGUAUGAGAACGGGCGCGGAAACAGUCGAUGAAUUCUUUGCCUUCUUGUGGGACUUGAUAUACGACCACUGUAUCCAGAGGCCGGGCCGUCGUUAUGGACCUGCCUGGAGGCUUCGUUGGUCACUGUAUUAUCCCUGGUCCCCUCGCAACCGUAAACUGCGUGACUCGAAGCACGCAAAGCAGCAGCUAAAACAAAUUUGCGAGAGGAAGACCACGACAACACAUCGAUGCGUCCAGCUCGCCCGAACUCCCUUCGUCAACCUGGGGCGAACUGCCAUGGGCAAUAACGCCAACCGUAGUCCCUUCUUCACGAAACUGCCACCCGAGAUCCGGGAAAUGAUUCUUGUGGAGGCAUUCGGCAACCAGACCAUCCACUUGGACUUGAGCCUUCGUUACCCUUUCUAUGAGAUGAGGGGACAGCCAAAAAUCAUCACCGGUCGCUUUUAUCACUUCUGUGCCCACGCCAAGAUUCGACCUUUGUCUUUUGAGUGUUAUAGCCCGGACGUGGAUAUGGUAGACGAAGUGAGCACAUAUGACACCACCAAGAGGAAGGAAUGGAGGUGGCUGAGCUGCAUAUGCCACAGGCAGCCACCAACGGAAAAGCGCCUCCCAUUUGGUCGAAGGCAGAAUCAUUGUGCCUCAACCCUACAUGAACCUCAUGCCGACCGUUGCCUGGCUGGACGAGGCUAUUGUCCUCUGUGGCCAGGUGCGUGGCCGAGUAAGUGUUUCGUGGGUGUUUACGGCUGGCUUCUGAGCUGCCGCCAAGCAUACAUGGAAACGCAUGAAAUCUUGUUCCGGCUGAACACCUUUCAUAUCUCAUCUCCAGUGCUUCUUCUCGGAAUCCAAAACAUAAUGAGCUCCAAUAUCAUAAGCAUGAUGACAUCCCUUGAUAUUGUGUUUGAUAGAGCUGUUGUGGACCUGAAUGAGGCGUUCACCGGCCUGCCUCCUACGCUUGGGAUCAAAUCCACUCAUGAGGCUGGGAAGUUCACCUUCCCUUCCCUGCAGCAACUCAGGAUUUGCUUUGGUGAGACAAGGCAGUUUACAGAUCCCUGGACUGGUGAGUAUUUAUCCUCUGGUGCUGACUUCCGCAAUCGCGACGUUAUGACUAUGGAUGCUCUCCCAGAACUCGAUGGUCUAGUUCAGAGGAUUGGCAUGUUAAAUCACAGUCUCAAGCAGCAGAACUUGGGGGGCAAAGAUGCUGGAGAGAGAUUCCAAAAAUCGAUUGUGGUACUCAAGGGAUUGCAAAUACUUCAUCGGAGGCUUUACUAA